AUGGGUUUUCUAGCCAUUGUGCGGGCGUAUUUCCGCGUCGAUUCGAGCGCAUACAUACUGCCGACCGAGCUUGGGACGCUGGUAGAAAUUCGCGCCGGUGCGCGUCCAGGCGUGCUCGAUGGGCAUCCGCCGCUCCGCCAUGCGGAGCAGCCUGUGGAAAAGAUCCCACGCGUCAUCCACCAGACGUGGAAGACGGAGGAGCUUCCGCCGCGCUGGAAAGAGGUGCGGGAGGCGUGCGCGGCCAUGAUGCCCGACUAUCAGUACAUGCUCUGGACCGAUGUGAGCUCGCGCGAAUUCAUCGCGCGUGAAUACCCAUGGUUCCUUGACACAUUUGAUUCAUACCCCUACAAUAUCCAGCGUGCCGAUGCGAUCCGGUACUUUGUGCUGCACAAAUACGGCGGAGUGUACAUGGACCUGGACAUUGGGUGCAGGCGGCGCCUUGAUUCGCUGCUGCGCUUCGAGGUCAUCGUGCCCAAGACGAUCCCGGUGGGCGUCAGCAACGAUCUGAUAUUCUCCGUGCCGCGGCAUCCGUACAUGGAGUCGCUAAUCUACUCCCUCAAGAGCUUUCACCACCACUACCUGACCCACUAUGCCACCGUCAUGUUCUCGACGGGGCCCAUGUUUGUCUCGGCCAUGUACCGCCAGUUCGUCAACGGCCAUACUGCGGCGGCGCCUUCGACGCCGUCGCAGCCGGGCCGCGGCUUCAGCGGCGUGCGGGUGCUCCCGAAGUCGCUGUAUGGCAAGAACCUCGAUGAGGACGAGGCGCCCGACUCGUUCUUCCUGCACAUGUACGGCAGCUCAUGGCAUGCCAACGAUGCGGGCUUCCUCAUCUUCCUGCGCAAGUACGGCUACGCGCUGAUCACGCUCGGCGUGCUACUCGUGCUUGUGGGCGCACGACGUACAUGCAUGUCGGCCGCGACGACCGCGGCACAUGCGCUCAUGCCGCUCCUCGCGCGUGCCAGACCGGCGCCAAGUGCUCCCACUGGCCAAGAAGAGGAAUGGAUCCGCCUCACGGACCCGGACGGCAGGCCUGUCGCGGUGUCGCCGCGGAAAGGUCGCCCAGUGCCUUUGGUCUCUUUCUCGUCCCCGCCGUCCAACGAGGCGGGCGCUAUGCGCGCGGCCAGCGCCGCGCAGCCUGCACAGAUGACACCACUUAGUGUGCCGCUGAUCCGGCGGUCAUCGUCGCCCCUGCCGGACUAUUGCCUGCCGGAGCCCGACUCGCUACCGGACCUGCCGACGCAGGCGGAUGGGUCGUCCGGCACGGCGCCCCGUACGUCGCGACUGCGCGGCCUGUCCGAACGGACGCUAUCGAUGGGCUCGAUGCUCUCGCUCGUUCCACCGUCGCUGCGGCGAUCCGCGCCGGAGCAGCUGCGCCUGGCGCCCUCCGAGUCGCUGACGAGUGUCGGCGUCGAAGGAGGGCAGACGCGGCCGUCGGCCCCUGGUGCUGCAGGCGACGAGUACAGCGCUGAAUGGCAGAAUCUGCUGAAUCGCUGGGACGGGCAGCACGCUUCGUCACCGUACUUGUCGCCGACGUCGCCCCACUUCCCGACGGCGACGCUCAUUGAGGCGAGUGAUGCGCCGACGAUCGGGCCGCCCACCGCGGGCCUCAUGCGGCGCUCCCAGCUGGUCGAUGUGCACCGAGCGAUGACGCCCGCACUGACGGCGCCGUCUGCGGACGCCGAGCCGCGUCAUGAUACGCACUUAGCGCCUGUAUAG